UAAUAUCCUGGACAAAUCCUGUCUUCAAAUCGCACAUGACAAAGAACUUAACUCCAAACCUGUGCCUUUUGGAGGGAAUAUAUUGACGGAACGCCAGCCUACCUUUCCAUAACAUCAGGGACUCAUCAAUGCAUAGGUCCUUGUAUGGCACAAAGACCCGACCAAAUGCUGAUGUCAGGCUGGUUAGAACAUUUCUUAUUUUGUAUAACGGGUCACUUAAGAUGGCAGUAGCAUUGUUGACGAAAUGCAGGCAUCGCAGCAGAACUAGCAAGCGGUCUUGGGAAAAGAGGGUGGCAAAGAAGGGAGUUGCAAACAUAGGAUCUGUGCUCCAGUAUUCUCUUAGGGAGUUCUUCUUUACUAUCCCCAUGAGGAGGACUGUCACCAGGAAGCUCCAAGGCAUAGCGAUUGGUCUCCUCUACUAUGUCUCCCACCAGCUCCUCUGUCAGAAACAACUUGAAGCACUCUGCCUCAGAUGGAAAUGGCAAGGGGCGUUGCACUCCAGACUGGGACUCGUCAAAGCAAACAGCAGGGCCAGGAGGGGUGAAAUUACUGGUGGCCUUCCAGCUACCACAGAACUCCUGUACUUCAUCCACUGUCGGUCUGCCUCCAUCACCACCAGCAUCUUCAAAGGGAACUGGUACUUCGUCAGUGGACAAGGGAAAUUCAGAUUCAGGGUUCUCAAUGGCUACAAGGUUGGAGGGCAGCUCCUCACUGUCACUGUCAGAAUCUGAUUCCUUACUUUCAUACUCAGACUCAUUGUCAGAAUUUAAAAAAAUCUCCAGAAUUUCCACAUUUGUGAGUUGUCUCCUUUUGAAAGACAUUGCUAAUGCUACAGCUUAGCUCACUAGCAACAUACA